ACUAACACGUCUUAAACAGUAAACACAAAUCAAAUUAAUGUAUCUUCGAUCAAAUCGUAAAUCCUUAAUAAUUAAUGAUAAUACAUCAGUAUAUAUAGACGUAAUUAGAAAGAAUCUCUGAUUAGUUAUACAAUUGAAGGCGUUAUGAGAGGAAUACUGGUCAUAUUAGCAGUUGUAGUGGCAGCGGUGUCUUGCGGAAAGCAAUGCCCGUCUGAGCAGGAGACUAACUGGGAGCUGGAACUGCUGCUGCCUCACGAAGACUGCGACAAGUUCUACAAAUGCACUUAUGGAGAACCCGUGACCCAGCUCUGCCCACCUGGACUCCUCUACAAUAUUGGACUGGAGCAGUGCGACUGGAGUAAUGAAGUUGACUGCGGCGACAGGAACCUUCCUGAGGAAGGAGACUCUGAAGAUACCACUGAUGGCGCAGAGACAGAACCCGAACCAGUUCCUGAGCCUGAAAGUGAGUCUGAAGAAUCAGUUGAACCAGAGCAACCAGAAAGCGAAUCUGAAGAGUCCACUGAACCACCACAACCUGAGAGCGAAUCUGAUGAAUCAGAGGAACCUUCACAGUCAGAAUCCGAAGAAGUAGUUGUGCCUGAACAACCUGAAAGUGAAUCCGAAGAAGUGAUCCAGCCAGAAUCAGAAGAAUCAACUCAGGAACCGGAGCUAGAAUUCUUAGAGAACGGUUGCCCCGUGAGCCCGUUUGUCCACUGGCUGCUGCCCAGCCAGGAGGACUGCAAUCAGUUCUACUACUGCGUUUUCGGGGAAAAGCAGCCCAGACAGUGCUCCAGUUCUCUCCAUUUCAAUCCUGUACUCCAGGUGUGCGAUUUUCCCUGGAAUGCUGGUUGCCAGUUGCAGUUCAACAAGCGAGUCCCUGUGAGGCCCAUGUUGACCAGUUUCUAAAGCUAACAAUUCAACGUCUACAUCACCAGAUUAUUACAUGAUAACCAACGAUGCUUAUUAAAAAUAUUAUAACAUAAGUAAAUUAUUAUAAAAUUGUCUUA